AUCUGGCAACUCUGGGUCGACAUCCUGGAGUUCCAGUUGCCUAGUAGCUUUAGCUUCAGUCUGGUCAGAGACUCUGGUCAUAGGUAGCUAGGCUAUCAAGUAGCUUUGAUUUGUGCAGGUGACGCAAUUAUCAAUAUUCACGUUGUCAUCAAUAUUUGCGAUCAGUAAAUUAUGCACAGAAGGCUGACUCAUCCCCCCAAGUUAUUAAGCAUGUAGCUAGUUAGCUAGCAAUGAAAGAACCAAGUGUCGAAUCACGAUUGGUGGCAGCGUCGCGCGCUCAGCAACUGUGGCUGACAUACGAUGGGGACGAGGUUGAGCUACUUUUGGAUUAUUUUUGGGCCACUCAGUCGAAUCGGCAUAUUGUCUCUGUUGUUCCUGUUUGUGCAUAGUCACAGCACAUGCAAGCAUCAAGUCCCAUCUCCGGCUGAGGUUGUCCAUAAAGUGCAUCUGAGAUCUGAGAGGUUGACUAAGAGAAGCUCCUCUGAUCCACAGUUAAAAAUACAAAUUAUUUAUGAUUUCAGCGUAGACAAUUUAGAUGCAGAUAAAAGAAGCCUUGUGAAGGAUAAACUUUUUCCGCAAGCAAUUGAUUACCUCCAGAGAGCUUUUCAAGUGCGCCGGCAAGUGGGUCCAGUGUUAUUGAGCAGACAAUGUGCAACCAAUCAGUAUCUGCGGAAGAGAGAUGACCCUCAUCGCUACUGCCAGGGGUCGUGUGCUGAGGUCACAAAGUGCGGACCUGUCAUCGUACCUGAGGAUCAUUUACAGCAAUGCAAGGUGUGCAGCGCAACAGGCAAGUCCUGUGGUCCCACAGGCCCAGCAGACGGACCUGGAGUGACGGGGUCCGACUUUGUCCUUUACGUGAGCGGGGUGACCACUGAGAGGUGUGGUCAGGAGAACAUUGUAGCCUAUGCUGCCUACUGUCAGCUGGAGGCUGAGCUGGACAGGCCCAUUGCUGGGUACGCCAACCUGUGUCCUAACAUGAUCUCCCCCCAGCCUCAGGAGUUUGAGGGCAUGUUGUCCACCGUUAAACAUGAGAUCAUACAUGCCCUGGGCUUUUCAGCAGGACUCUUUGCCUUCUAUCAUGAUGACAAUGGGAAACCCUUGACCCCAAGGUUUGCCAGUGGACUGCCAGCCUUCAACGAGACAUUGGGGUUAUACCAGUGGAGCAAUGCAGUCAUACGGAGGGUGGCUCGGCUUUGGGACAUCCGAAAUGGAGAGAUGGUUCGUCAUGAAGUGCAUGUGUUGGUGACCCCGCGCGUUGUGGAGGAGGCACGGAGCCAUUUUGGGUGUCCCAUUCUAGAGGGAAUGGAGCUGGAGAACCAGGGGGGUAUGGGGACAGAACUCAACCACUGGGAAAAGAGAUUGCUGGAGAACGAAGCAAUGACUGGAUCUCACACUCAGAACCGGGUCUUCUCUAGAAUUACCUUGGCCAUCAUGGAGGACACUGGCUGGUACAGAGCCAACUACAGCAUGGCUGAGAGGCUGGACUGGGGCAGGGGGCUGGGCUGUGACUUCGUCAUGAAGAGCUGCAAGUUCUGGAUGGAUAGACAGCGCCAGAGUCGACAUCCUGUGACGCCGUACUGUGACACGGUGCGAGCCACGCCCCUCAAGCUCACCUGUCGACAGGACCAGCUGGCUGUGGCUGUCUGCAACCUCCAGAAAUACUCCCAGGAUUUGCCCAUGGACUACCAGUACUUUGACCAGAUCCCAGAUGUCCCAGCUGGUGAACAGUCCUCUUACGGAGGUGCUGUGGAGAUCGCUGAUUACUGUCCCUUCAGCCAGGAGUUCAGGUGGCACCUCAGUGGGGAAUACCAGCGCAACUCCCACUGCCGCAUUCAGGAGAACCAACCCGACUGGUGGAGGAACUAUGGUGCAGAGCAAUACGGGCCUGAUUCUGUGUGUGUGUACCAGAGAAGAGCCUUCAUCAUGGAGCAGUGCACUCGCACGAUGACCCAUCCUGACUGGGGCAGCGGCUGUUACAAGAUGUCGUGUUCAAGCCUGGGGCUGAUUUUGUGGGUUCAAGACAUGCCGUUCCAGUGUCUCCGUAAAGGUCAGGUGCUCAGUGUUAGCGUGCUCAUCAACGAUUGGGUCUACAACGGCGAGCUGAUCUGUCCUGCCUGCUCAGAUUUCUGCCCUAAUUGUUUACUCCCACACCAGCUCCCGCCUCUCAACACCACCACCAGGACUCUUCCUAUUGACCCUUGCUCCAGUUCUUCCAGCCUGGUGGUGACUCUCUGGCUGCUAUUGUUGAACCUGGUCCCUCUCCUGGCUGGCUUCAUCCUCUGUGUGUGGAACUGACCCAACAGUGUGUGAGUGGAACUAAAAUGACAGCUGCAUGUGUGGGGAACAUGCUGUGCUUCCUGGUAGUUUUCUAGAAGAGGAUUUGUUCAGGAAGGUUCCACAAAAGGCUCACGACUACCUCAGUUGGCCCCCACAACUGUUCUGUGCUUGGGGGAAUAUCACCACCCGGGCUACCGGCCUCUCAACAUCAGGCAACUAUCUACUGGUGGAGGACAUGGAACAAGAGGAGUGGAUCAGGUGGUCACGUACACAUUUGAAACUUUUGUUGCUUUUUAUCUUUUACUUCCUUUGGUCACCAUUUCUUGAGAAUCGCAUCACUUGUACAAGUCAGGGAAAUUUGUAAUACUUUGUCAUAAGAGUGCAGUGUAGCGGAUCAGUAAUAAUCCAAACCCCAGACCAUAAAUGACCUUAUUUUGGACACUAACAUACUGUAGCAUUCUUUCUAAAGUGUUAAAACUAAGUUGGAAAAUUCUACACUCCUGUUCAAUUGCAAACUAGUACAAAGAUCCUCGUAAAUUAUUUUUGACUUUGUCUUGUCUUGGUGGCUUUGAAUUUGUGUGAAGGCACCAUUUUAAUGUGGAGAUUCAUGACCCAAGCUUCAUAUUUCUGCAAGUACACAGAGGUGUAGGGACUUGAGAGGAUGAAGCAACUAAUCUAAACUUGCCAUGGCUGAGACUGGCCUUCCCAGAGAGAUGGAACAGAAGUUUUCCCACCCUUGCCUCUAUCAGAGAAAUACAAGCCAUUGAUGUUUAUUUAUUGAACCAACAAUGUGCCAGUCUGGACAUCUAAAUCAGAAGCCAUACUCCCUAAACAGACAACCAUGAUGAAGAUGAUGAUGAUAAAGGAGACUCUUCCCUUCCUACCCCGGUUUUAAGAAAUUGGAUUUAUGUGUGUUUUAAUAUUGUGUAGUGUAGACCGUCCCUGUGCUCCAUGCAGUAUGCAUCCUGAUGCAGUAUUCACCUUCCUUACAGAUCACUGUGUGAACAUGUAGCCUAGCCAACCCGUGCAGGCUAUAACAGCCCUUAGGGCUCUUUGGUGGACGGGGGAUAGAAAAAAUAACACUAACAGCAACAUUACAAUCUAACAGACGGUGCUUGAUGUUGAUGGUAAACCAUGUAAUGCUGAGGGUUUUUGUUCAAGGGAUUUGAGUCGAGAAAAAUUUGUUUAUAGUACAAAUAAUAUAUUAUUGAAGAAAAGCAUCUUGCUGAUGAUGCAAAAAUGUUAAUGUAUAGUUAUUUCUUUUUUUGUUUUUUCAUGUUGGCUCAUACAGCUCUUCGCUGAUAUGUAAAAAUGGACUGUGAAGUUUGAAGCCUUCAAGUCACAUGCAGUCAGCCAGAGAAUAUGAUCAAAUAAGCUUGGCAACAAUAGUACUUCCGGUGUGUGUAUGUGUGUGUACGUGCCAGAGUAACUACAAUGAUUUACACCUGGUGAGUGUGUAAACCGGGAUCAAAUAAUGUCUUUUUAUUUGCCAUUGAUACCCCUUUCCUUGUUAGUGUGUUCAUGCUGUUACAGGGGCAUUAUUCCAUGGUAACAUUGGCUUGGAAGUAGCUAAAGCUGAGUACGUACUAGUGUCUCUGGUGUAUUCUCAGGGGGGGUCAGCAGCGUGUACAAGCUCACUGAAAGCAACGACAUAGACUUCAGCAUAACCUGGUGUUUGCUCACCAUAGUGUAAGUUUGGGCACUACGUUUGUACACGGUGUAACUUUAACAAUACUUGGUGUUUGACGUUUUACUGUCUGUAUUUAUUUAGUAUUGAUCUGUAACAGGACCUGAUAUUUACCCAUGUAGACAUUGUGUGUUCAUAUUCCAUAUGGUUAUUUUAUUUUAAAUCUUUUAGUCUCUGACAUGCACUGCGAGUGACAGCUUUUGACAAUUUGAGGGUAUAAUGUCCCUUUAAGUACACUGAGAUCUGUUAGAUAUUGUAACAUGUAAAGGCUAAAGUAUUUAUUAUCUAAGUGCAGCUAAAGAUAUCCCAAUUAUCUACAAAUUGUUUUCUAUAGUGUUUCUAUAGUAAAUAAGUACAAUUGGCCUUAAUGAUAUGAAAGAUGGUUGAUUAUGCUUCCCUGUGGUGAUAUUUUUUGUUUGUUUCUGGGAACAUUCCAGGGUUUAAUUAUUUUGUAAGUUUUGGAUGGUUUAUCAUGGUGUACUGUCAAAAGAUCCUUCUAAAAUAUAAUGUAGUACACAAGCAUACUGCACUAAACUGUCAUUGGUUCAUACAGCCUGUAGAGGGCACUAACAAAUCAAAAGUUGUAUUUUGCAUUUUAGUCACCCAUUGAUCAUGAUGCUACAGAUUAAUAAGAAAUUAUUUUGAAAUAUUUGAUUGGCAUGUGAUUCAAAUAAAUGGUGAAUCAGAA